UCACGUGGUGGGCGCAGGGCUAGGCCUGUGGUGAUGGCGGAGCCGGCGGCCGCCGCCGUGGGCCUGGGGCGAGCGGAGUCUGGCGGGGGGGGCGACGGGGGCGGCGCCGCGCCGGUGCCGCCGCAGGGAGAGAACGGCGUGGAUGGCAGAGCGAUCGGCGUGGAUGGCAGAGCGGUCCGCGUGGGCACCCGCCGGAGCCAGCUGGCCCGGAUUCAGACCGACAGUGUAGUUAUGAUGCUCCGUGAGCUGUUCCCUGACCUCCACUUUGAGAUUGUAGCCAUGUCAACAACUGGGGACAAGAUCUUGGAUACAGCACUUUCCAAGAUUGGAGAGAAGAGUCUCUUCACCAAAGAGUUGGAAAAUGCACUUGAAAGAAAUGAAGUUGACCUUGUGGUUCACUCCCUGAAGGACCUGCCAACUUGUCUUCCUCCUGGCUUUACAAUUGGUGCUGUCUGCAAAAGGGAAAACCCACUUGACGCUGUUGUCUUUCAUCCCAAAAACUGUGGAAAAACACUGAGCCUCCUUCCUGAAAAGAGUGUGAUUGGAACCAGUUCACUUCGGAGAGCAGCUCAGCUUAAGAAGAAGUUCCCUCAUUUAGAAUUCAAGGAUAUUAGAGGAAACUUAAAUACCCGUUUAAAGAAGCUAGAUGAGAAGGAAGACUUCAGUGCCAUCAUCCUGGCUGCUGCUGGGCUGAAGAGAAUGGGCUGGGAAAAUCGCAUUGGCCAGCUCCUAAGCCCUGAAGAUUGUCUGUAUGCUGUUGGACAGGGUGCCUUAGCAGUGGAAGUUCGUGCCAAAGACCAAGAGAUACUGAGUAUGGUAUCUGCCCUGCAUGAUGCAGACACUGUGUUGUGCUGCAUUGCUGAGAGAGCCUUUAUGAAGCGUCUGGAGGGUGGAUGUAGCGUUCCUGUUGCUGUCAACACCCUGCUGAAGGAUGGCCAGUUGUAUUUGACAGGAGCAGUCUACAGCUUGGAUGGAUCUGAUAGCCUGAAGGAGACCAUGCAGACCAAUGUUAGUUAUCCCUGCCUGAAUGAAGAUGGACCGAACGAUGAUGUGCAACAUGUUGGCAUCACAGCCAAGAAUGUUCCUGGUCAGGCCCUGGAAGCUGCAGAGAACCUGGGUGUUGAACUAGCUAGUUUACUUCUGAGCAAGGGAGCAAAGCACAUCCUUAGUGUGGCAAGGCAGCUCAAUGAUGCUCGCUGAACCUGAAGUGUAGCCUGGAGUGGUACAACUCUAGCUACAUUAAAUCAUAAUGAGGGCAUUGCAAAGACUUAAAAGCUGUUUUUUGAAACAAUGAAUUAUAGGAAAAUUAAAGCUUAAUGUUGAUAUUUGAAUGAGUGUCCACUAAUAUUUGAGUUAUAACAAAUUGUUAAAUAUAGGUUGUAUCUGUUAAAAUCAGAUAUAAAAUGUUUUGUACCUCCAUUAUUUUAAGGAUUUCAGCAGAAAAUUGAUCUAACAACAGCCCUGUCCAAAUGACAAGUUGCAGGUUAAUGAAAUUUUAAAAUGUGGAUUUUAAUAGCGUUUCAGUCUAUUAACAUCCUUUAAACUGAUCCUUCUAUUCUUUUGACUAAUGUUAUAAAUGAGAAACAAAAGUCUUGAUAUUCAGCAAAAUUUAGAUUGGUUUAUUUUAUACAGACAAAGCAAGCAGCGCUGGGGAAAACGUGAGGGGCCACUGCCCACUCCAUGCUUCCGCCGAACUUGAUUUGCAGCUCCCUUUUUAUAGGAUGGUUUUCCUUGUAAUAAUUAAUAAUUGUUGUUGUUUUGGUUUAGUAAUUCUGCAAGGUAAGCAGUGGUGAUAAAAGAAAACUUUCAAACUUUCGUGGGACAGCUCUUGGGACAUUUGGUCAUGUAAUAACCAUCUGGUCUUGCAAGAUAAAAAACAGAAGAAGCAGGAAGCCUGAUUUUUAGAAGAUAGUUUUGAUUGAUUACACAAAGGCAGGAAAUUUGAUUCUGCAAAAACAGGGGGAUUUAAACCGAGUGCGUUUAAUCAUAUAUUUCUCUUUAUAUGUGAGAAAGAGCAUUUAGGGAUGUGAAAAAACCUGCCAGGAGAUCCUUUUUAGGGACUUGUGGGAAUGUGUGAUAUAUAUAUGUAAAGAGAAGCACCAAAGGAGAGGGAGGAGUCAAAAUGGACAAGGAGGAAAAAAAAAAUGGGAACAUUGAAGGGUAAUACAUCCCUGCCCUUGUUACUAGCUGAACUUGAUUGUGUGGAGGUGAGGUCCAUUGCAUCUAUUAGGGUACAGGACCUGUUAUAAAGAAUUUUUCAAAUGUAAAUCCUAAUUGUGUUUUAAGUAAAACUUUCUAGAUUCGAGUUGAUCUUAAAGUUUCUGAUAAUGUUUAAACGAUUGAAAAGAUCCUUUGUUAUUACAGUUUUAGAAAUUAAUCAGAAAAUCUUUUAAGUGAGCCACUUAUGAAUUCUAAAAAAACCAGAAACUUCUUC